AUGACCACCCAAACAACCACCACCCACCUCGCCGACCCCACCCGCUACCACAUCCGCCCCGCAACCCCCGCCGACUUCCCCUCCAUGACCACCACCUUCUGCGCCUCUUUCAACGCGCCCUUCUGGCUUCACCUAAUCCCCCCGGACGCCGCGCACCACGCCUGGUGGAACGAAGCCUUCGCCCUCUCGCACGCCAACCCGACCGACCGCCAAUUCAUCGUCGAGGACCUGCACAACGACCGGGCCAUCGUCGCCUUCAGCCGCUGGAUGUUGCCGCAGGAGGACGGCAACCAGGAACGUCUGUGGCCGGAGAUGCGGGAGGGGGAGUGGGAUAUGGAGCUCGUGGGGGCGUUUUUUGGGGGCAUGGAGGAGAAUCGGAGGGUGGUGAUGGGGGAGAGAAAACAUUGGAUGUGCGAACUCCUCGGCACGCACGAAGCGCACCAAAACCGCGGCAUCGCAGCCAGUCUGCUCAAAUGGGGCACCGACCAAGCCGACCAGGAAGGCCUCGAGACGUACCUCGAUGGCAGCGCUAAGGGCCAGCCGUACUACAUCAAGCGGCACGGGUUCAAGGCGGAGAAGGAUAUCCCGAUUCCGGAUCGCGAGGAGUAUGGGUCUUAUAAGUAUGUCAGCAUGGUGAGGCCGCCGCAGAAGGGGUGA